AUUAAAGAAAUAUAAAUGAGAACCUUUCAAAAUUAUAUCUUAUCGAUAUGGUACAGCUGGAUAUGAAAAAUAUUGUUUUAUUCAAAGGGAUUGGUGGACGAUAAAUCUAAAUAUUUCAUACCGUGAAUCAAACAAAUAAUUUUUUUUAAUGUUGUAGGAGAUGUAAACAAGUGUCAACUUGCUCAAGUUGUAGAAGGUUUUCGUGAUCUUUUUUUAAACAUUUUCUGUAAGUUUCAGAAUUCCAGAUGAGUUUAUUUAAACCAUCUCAUGUUUUUGCUAAUCUUCCUGAUACAGCAUCAGAAAUGAACAAGAUGAAUUCAUUCGCAAAUAACGAGAACCAAAUAACAGAGGCCAAGAUUGACAACCGUGUAAUCCAAGUUUCCUCUGUUGGAGUAGUGACGUUGCCUCCUGACAGAUGCAAACUAACCGCUAGAAUAACAUCAACAAAGGAAAAUGUUUCAGACGUUAAAGAGAGCACCACAAGAAGACUAGAUUAUAUAAUACAGACGUUUCAUAAUCAUUCAGUAAAGGAUUCAGACAUCCAGAUUAACAAAAGCAUGCGCCGUGUGGAAUCCAUGUAUCAGAUGGAUGUGGAGGUAUCCGCACUAUUCAUCGACCUCCAUAAAUGUCAAAAUGUUUCCAACCUUCUAGUGGAGAAACUGGACCCGACUGUGACUGUGUGUCUGCCCGAUUUCUUUCACUCAUCCGUAACUCUGCAGAAUCUAAGACACCAAGCUAGUUUACUUGCCAUUCAUAAUGCAAAACAGAAAGCUCAAGAAAUGGCUAAGUUUGUGAACCAGUCUGUCGGGCGACCCAUCAGCAUCAAGGAACAAGAAAACAAGGAAUGGCAGGGGACCGAGGACUCUCCCGAGGAAUUCAAUACCCCCAGAACUCUACAACAGAAACUAAACAAUGCAAGUGUGACUGUCUCUAGCAAAAUCUCUAUCACUUUUGAACUGAAACCGAAAGUGAAAAAGUCAGGACCAGAUGCCAAGAGUUAGCACCGUUUUCUUGUGUGUUAGAUGGUCUUCGUGUGCGAGAUGUCAUGCUGAAGUCGAUCUGAUUUUUAUUCAGAAAGAAUAGCACGAGUUUGACUGACAAGCACAAAUGUGUCCUAAUGAGUUGAUAAAUUCCAUAAACAGUGCAACUUUAUAUCUGUGAUGAAAACAAAUAGAUUUUUUUAAAGUCUUAAACACAAGCUAGAUACCUUUCUCUCAGUAUGUUUGUCUUCUAUGUAACUAGUACACUGUUUGCGUAUUUGUAUGUUUGUUUUUGGGCGUCGGAAACAUAACAAGCUAUUAUAUGCCAACAGAUUUCUCAGUUUCGGGGACAUGCUAUAAAUUUGUGUUGACAAUGUGCUAAAAUAGUAUUUUGUUAACUGUUACAGUGUGUGUGUGGUGGGGGGAUCUCAUCCUUCCCUACAUGGGUUGAAUUCACAACUUCUCAUUCACUCAUUCAAUGCUGCUGAAAAGGGAGUCACCCAGUAUCUGCAUAUGAACAUAACAGAAAAUGAUCAAUGUUAAGAGGGGAGGGGGGGAGGGGGGGCAGGCAGACUCCCAUCACCCAGAUUCUAUAUGUCUGUACAGAGAGCACAUCUAGUGUAUAUUUUACGUAUAGUAAUGUUUUUCUAUUGUUUCUACACGAAAUGGCAGAGUAAUGUGAUAGUAAAUAUGUAAAUAGUA